AUGGGGCGCCUGGAGCUGGUGGUCUUCGGCAUCAGCUGCUGCUUGGCAGUGGCGAGUUCUGCAAAGUUGGGUGCAGUGUACACAGAAGGUGGCUUUGUGGAAGGCGUCAACAAGAAGCUUGGCCUCUUUGGCAACUAUGUCGACAUCUUCAAGGGCAUCCCCUUUGCUGCUGUCCCCAAGGCCUUGGAGAACCCCCAGAGACACCCUGGCUGGCAAGGGACACUGAAGGCCAAAGAAUACAAGAAACGGUGCCUGCAGGCCACCAUCACCCAGGACAACACUUACGGGUCAGAGGACUGCCUGUACCUCAACAUCUGGGUCCCCCAGGGCAAGAAGGAAAUCUCCCGGGACCUGCCUGUCAUGAUCUGGAUCUAUGGUGGCGCCUUCCUCAUGGGGUCUGGACAAGGAGCCAACUUCCUCAACAACUACCUGUAUGACGGGGAGGAGAUUGCCACACGGGGCAAUGUCAUCGUAGUCACCUUCAACUACCGUGUGGGCCCCCUUGGUUUCCUCAGCACUGGGGACCCCAACCUGCCAGGUAACUAUGGCCUUCGGGACCAGCACAUGGCCAUCUCUUGGGUGAAGAGAAACAUUGCAGCCUUUGGGGGAGACCCCGACAACAUCACCAUCUUUGGGGAAUCAGCUGGAGGUGCCAGUGUCUCUCUGCAGACCCUCUCUCCCUACAACAAGGGAUUGAUCCGGCGAGCCAUCAGCCAGAGUGGUGUGGCACUGAGCCCCUGGGCCAUCCAGAAGAACCCACUCCUCUGGGCCAAAAUAAUCGCCAAGAAGGUGGGCUGCCCUUUGGAUGACACCUCUAAGAUGGCCAAGUGUCUGAAGGUCACCGACCCUCGGGCUCUGACUCUGUCCUACAAGCUGCCAGUGGUUGCCAUGGAGUAUCCCGUAUUGCAUUACUUGGCCUUCAUCCCAGUCGUGGAUGGAGACUUCAUUCCUGAUGACCCCAUGAACCUGUACGCCAACGCCGCCGACAUCGACUACCUCGCAGGCACCAACGACAUGGACGGUCAUUUAUUCACCACCAUUGACAUACCAGCGGUUGACAAGACUAACAAGGCUGUGACAGAUGAGGACUUCUACAAGCUGGUCAGCGGGCUCACCCUCAUCAAGGGCCUCACAGGUGCCAAAGCCACCUUCGACGCUUACACUGAGUCCUGGACUAAGGACUCAUCCCAGGAAGUGAAAAAGAAGACCGUGGUGGACUUUGAGACCGAUGUCCUCUUCCUGAUGCCGACCAAAAUGGCGGUGGCUCAGCACAGAGCCCAUGCCAAGAGCGCCAAGACCUACACCUACCUGUUCUCUCACCCCUCUCGGAUGCCUAUCUACCCUAAGUGGAUGGGGGCUGACCACGCAGAUGACCUCCAGUAUGUGUUUGGGAAGCCUUUUGCCACUCUUCUGGGAUACCGGCCUCAAGACAAGACUGUCUCCAAGGCCAUGAUCGCCUACUGGACCAAUUUUGCUAGGACCGGGGAUCCAAAUGUGGGCCACUCAGCUGUCCCUGCACACUGGGAUCCCUACACCCUGGAAAAUGACAACUACCUGGAGAUCAACAAUAAGAUUGAUAGCAACUCCAUGAAGCAGCAUCUUAGGUCCAACUACCUGCAGUACUGGGCUCUGAUCUACCAGGCGCUGCCCACAGUGACCACUGGGGAGGCUUCCCCUGUGCCUCCCACUGAUGACUCUGAGGUGGCCCCCUUGCCCCCAGAGGAUGACUCAGAGGCUGUCCCUGAGCCUCCUACAGGUGACUCUGAGGAUGCUCAGAUGCCCAUAGUCAUUGGUUUCUAA